GUGAAAUUAAAAUCUACAAAAUUUCCCAUGAAUUUGAAAUGCGUAGAGCUUUAAAUAAGUUUCUUCUACCAAUUCUGCCGCUCAAAUUCCACUCUCUUCCUUACUUCCUUCUUCAUUCUGCUGCGUUUCAAUGGAGACUGACAAUCAGACUUUCUCAUCUGAUGAAGUAAGGGAUGAUGACGGUUGCUUUAUACUUCUUGCAUUGGAUCGAAAUGACCAUCUUUUCGACAAAAAGAAGAAAUUAUUAGAAAGACAGGGUUUCAUGUCUGAGAAUCUCAUUUUCUUGAAGUGCUCUAUGUAUCCUGAGGAAGUAGAUACUGUACUGAAAGAGUUGGUACAAAUAGCAAGAAUUCUUCAGUUAAAUGAGCUUGAAAUGUAUUUUGGAGAAAAUAACGAAGGUACACCAGUAGAUUUCUACAGCCCCAGGAAUGAAGUGGAGGCCUUCGAUACAAUAAUUUCUCUUCUUGACUCCUCUCUCUCUAGUUGUACUCCUGCCCAAUUCAGUGUCCUGCAAGAAUUACGCAAGGCAGUUAUUCAUAUGAUCCAUGAGUAUGGAAAUGUACACAGCAUGGACGCUAAAACUUUGGAAAACAGCUGUGAGAAAGAAAACUGUUUGUUACAGUGGGGUGAGAGCAGUGGUGUUAGAACAAGCUUGAAGGUAGCUUAUGUUGAAGGUGCUGGUCGAGGAACCAUAGCCAAAGAAGAUUUAGACGUUGGUGACACUGUAUUGGAGAUCCCUCUGGCUAUUAUUAUUUCUGAGGAACUUGUGCAGAAAAGCACCAUGUAUCCCAUAUUAUCAAAGGUUGAAGGCAUGCUACCUGAGACAAUGAUGUUGUUAUGGAGUAUGAAGGAGAAGCACAUUGUCGAUUCCAAAUUCAGGGUCUACUUUGAUACACUACCAGAAGCAUUUAAUACUGGGUUAAGUUUUGGAAUUGGCGCAAUGGCAACUUUGGUUGGAACCCUACUUUUUGAUGAGCUAAUGCAAGCAAAAGAGCACUUGCGCAAACAAUACAAUGAGUUAUUUCCUGCUUUAUGUAACGACCAUCCUGCUAUCUUCCCUAAGGAAUUCUACUCAUGGGAGGAGUUCUUAUGGGCUUGUGAACUUUGGUAUUCAAAUAGCUUGAAAAUCAUGUUCCCUGAUGGACAUGUCAGGACUUGCUUGGUUCCAAUUGCAGGUUUUCUCAACCACUCGUUGCAUCCGCACAUACUGCACUAUGGAAAAGUUGAUUCAGAUACAAAUUCCUUGAAAUUUCGUCUAUCAAGACCAUGCCGUGCAGGAGAAGAGUGUUACCUUAGUUAUGGGAAUUACUCUGGGUCCCAUUUAGUUACUUUCUAUGGCUUUUUACCUGAAGGGGACAACGUAGAUGAUGUCAUUCCAUUAGACAUUGACUUCAGUGAGGAGGAUAACAAUAACGUCACGUCAGACUGGAAUACUCAUAUGGUGAGGGGCACUUGGUUGUCGAAGAACCAAGGCAUAUUCCAUUAUGGUCUGCCCUCACCGUUCUUAGAGUGUUUUCGGAAAGCUCUGUUCCCUGGAUUACACACCAACUGUAAGCUUCAGGGAAGCUUGGAAGGUGAAAUAGAUGUCCUCAGUGAACUCCUCUUGAUCUUUUCUGGAAUGAUGGAAAAAUUUGAGGAUGAGGAUGAGGAUGAGGAUGAAAGCAGGACAAGUACAGAAUGGGAUGUAAAAUUAGCAUUGGAGUACAAAGAUCUACAAAGGAAGAUAGUUUCCUCAUGUCUGACUUCAUGUCACGCUGGUCUCAAGACGGUGGAAUUUGCAUUAUGCGAUUGCAUGAAAGAGGACAUUCGAGGCUAAAAACACGAACCCUUCCAAUAUAUGCUUGUUUCCGGUAAGCCACUCUUUAGAUUUUUUUCAUAAAGGAGAUUUCUAUAGGGUGUUUGUAUUCCAAAAUUAGGCCAAAAGUUGGAUGAAUGGCAAGUGAUUGACUGAUCUGAUCAUGUUGUGAGCUUUCCCUACUUAGCCAUGUAUGAAUAUUAAACAAAUAGAAAUUUUUGAGCUUAUAAGAAUGCAAUUUUGACUGAGGCUGAUUUCAA